AUGAGCCCAGAAUUAUAUUCUCCAGACUUUCUAAACCGAAUAAAGAUUUCUGGUCUUCCGAAUCAUAAUAUAACUCUGAGGGAAGGUGCUCCUGUCAUGUUGCUUAGAAAUGUUGAUCAGCAACAAGGUCUUUGCAAUGGUACUCGAUUGCAGGUAAAACGUCUAUGUGAACAUGUUAUUGAGGCAAUUGUUAUUUCUGGAAGUCACGUUGGUCAUAUCACAUAUAUCCCCCGUAUGAAAUUGACAAGUUCCGAUAAGAAACUGCCUUUCCAAUUUCAGCGACAAUUCCCACUUUUCGUUUGUUUUGCGAUAACUGUCAACAAAAGUCAGGGACAAUCGUUAGGGAGGGUUGGCCUCUAUCUACCUAAGCCGGUAUUCACGCAUGGACAACUUUACGUUGCAUUGUCGAGGGUCAAGAGUAGCCAAGGACUGAAGGUGCUUAUUUGUGAUCAACAAGGCCAUCCAACAAACCAUACGACAAAUGUUGUAUAUAAAGAAGUUCUUCAGGGCCUCUGA